ACAUCACCUCCAUGCGACACAUUUACGAAGGACCCAUGUGCACGCAUUGGUAUUUUUUUUGUUUAGCUACCAACUGUUUUGAUUCAUUGUGCAAAAGAAACUAGUUACCAUAUCCUUUACAAAAUACAAUAAUUUGUAGAAAGAUGUCUGUCCCGGAAAUGUUCAGUUACAUUCAGGGUUUUCUGAGUGCGGAUCAAGAAAUAAGAGAGGACAUUCGAAAAGUGGUCCAGGUUCUGGAACAGACAGCGAGGGAGAUCCUGACACUGCUUCAAAGUGUCCAUCAACCAUCUGGAUUCAAAGAGAUUCCCAGUAAGUGCCAAAAGGCCAGGGAACUGUUUUGUACAGUCAGGACGCACCUUGGAGAACUCAAAACCAAAUUCCCAGUGGACCAGUACUACAGGUUCCAUGAGCACUGGAGGUUUGUUCUGCAGCGCCUGGCCUUCCUGGCAGCAUUCGUUGUCUACCUGGAGAGUGAGUCUCUGGUGACACGCGAAGAAGUGGCACAAAUACUAGGAAUUGAGGUGGUGAGAGAGAAGGGAUUCCAUCUGGAUGUUGAGGACUACCUUGCAGGUGUGCUGAUCAUGGCCAGUGAACUGUCUCGCCUGGCAGUCAACAGUGUCACAGCAGGGGACUAUAGCCGGCCCCUCCGCAUCUCCAACUUCAUCAACGAGCUGGACUCAGGCUUCCGCCUGCUCAACCUCAAGAAUGACCCCCUGCGUAAGCGCUACGAUGGCCUCAAGUACGAUGUGAAGAAGAUAGAGGAGGUGGUCUACGACCUGUCUAUCCGCGGCUUGUCCAAGGAGCUGGAGGCUGGGGGAGACAAGUAGAGCUGAGGAUGUGGGGCCAGGGCGCUACCCUAGGCUGGGACCUGACCUCUGCAUGACUGGGACAGUGGAGUCUUGACCUGCUGGAAAGCAGGAAUAGGAGGUCUGUGGCCCCCACAGCCUAGGACAGACUGAUGUGUGUUUGGAGAAGUGCAUGUGAGGGAAUGAGUCUGUCAGUGGGAUUGGAAAGCCUUUUAUAUAAAGGCACAGUUGUUUGAAGGGGAGGGGUUGUUGCAGUUUGAUACUGGUGAUUGGAAAUGUUCAUUUAAUGUCCAACAUACUGUAUGCCUGUUAAGUUUGCUGUUUUUGCUUUUCAUAUAUUUUGUACAGGUCACCAUCUAUGUAUUGAAUUAUUCAUGUUCAUUUCAUUUUAGGGGGUGCUGACAGGGUGUACAUUUCCAUGCAAGAGAAAAUAAAUUGUUAUGACUA